AUGUAUAGCACUGCAACGAGACAGGACGCCCGGAAUCAAGCGAUACCUAACUACCAAAAAGUAAUGUCCAACUCCAGCGUGCAACCUUCCACCAUGCAAGCGACAGAACGACGUGAUGUCAUUCAGAAGCUACAACCACUACGAACUCUAUCGGGGAAUAAUACAACGAUGUCCGCCAUGCCGCUAUCCCAGCAGGAGUCGUCGGCGUCGCCACGGCUGAAGCAGAACUACGUCGAGACGCCGCUUUCCCCUGACGACCACGAGAAUUUGUCGAGACACAUCAACAAGUUUUUAGACAUUUACGGGAAGUUGGAGCCCGUGAAUCACCCGGAUGUUAAGCCGAACUAUUCGUAUACCGAGCUUCUUAUGAUGGCGAUUCUACGGUCACCAAACUACUGCCGCCCGAUCCAGGAGGUCUAUAGCUACAUACGAGAGAAGUAUCUCUUCUACAAACACACGAAGAAGGGCUUCUGGAAGAACGCCAUACGUCACAGUCUGUCCAAAACGAAAUGCUUUACGAAGUUGGGUGUCAGCCGCAGUAUGAAGACUGCUGGAGUUCUGAACCGGCCCGUUUAUCUUUGGACGCUGGUUCCCGAGUGCUUGGUAAAGUUCGCUGAAGGUGGCUAUCGGGUUAAUUUGGACAGUAACGGUGCAAACAAUCUCAAGUGUGCCUUCACGCAAGUCAACGCCGAAGCAUUCUGGACCAACGUUGCAAAGACACUCGCCCUGGUUUUGUCCGCCAUUAAGACGUCGCUUACACCAGAAACAACCACAACCUUCGCCAAGGAGCAGCAAGCGCCAAAACGGGACCCGGAAGUACGAAGCUGCAAUAACGAACAAAGGACCGGAAGUCCCGACCACACGUCUCAGCCAAUGAAGCGGGUCAAAUUGGAGCCGAAUUCGUACACGCCGAAUGGAGAUAUUAGCAAUGUGCGCGUCCCAAAAUUCGCAUACAGCCCUGUUGCACCCUUUCAGCAAUUCGAAGCACGUCCAUUUUCUCACCUCUAUGGAAAUACGGACAAUUCUUACAGUUGUGGAUACGAUUUCUCUUCUAUGAUACCGGAUAUAGCUCAGAAUUUCACCAUGGGGCGUCACUACGACCAGAACACGCCAGCCGUACAUCCUGCUUACGUGCAGACGUCACCUUACGCGUACACGACAUUGCGCAAUCGCGAGGAGGAAAACAACAGAAAAUGCAAUGUCACGUCACCAAAUCAGCACUCUACGUCACCGAAUUCUUCCAUCGACGUCACAGGAUUGGGUAAUUCGUCAUUUUCCGAUUCUUUCCGAAGUGUGGAUAACGAGGAUCGGAAGACGUACGUGGAAGUCGAAACAACCGACUUCGGUGGUGAAUAUAGUUUUGAACCAGUGGCGUCGAAAUUCGAAACGCAACGAGUUGGGAAUGAACUGAUGGAAUUGUUGGUGCAAGGUGGACUUACUGGGAUGUAUCAGUUUUAG